AUGUGGUCUUUUCCACCCUUGACAUUCUAUUCUCAGACUCCUAUGAAGCUUGUAUCUGCCAUGAAAGAUGAGAUACUACAUUGCAGCUCCCUUCGCGUUCCCAAAAUUCGGACGAUCUUUGGUGUGGUUGGGAUGUUCAAGCUGUCAGCAGUGGACUGCGAUACUGGGUUCAAGUCAUAUGUUGCAAGUAUGAAUAUUAUUCCGGCGGCAGAUAGCGGCGGCGUUUGGCAGAUGGAGUGGUGGUUUGAGAUGGAUCCGGUUGUGGGGUGGAGAAUGGAAGAUUUGGUGCCCAAGUAUGGAAUAGGGUUGCAACUCAUGAUUAAAAAGAUGGAGGUUUCCAUUUCUGAUUCUUCUUGA